AUGAUUGACGCGUUAAUUUCAAAAGAAUUUUUGCAUCUGACACAAAAGGGAGAGUUACAAAAAUUAAAAAACUUUGUUGAGGAGCAUAAAAUUACUGAUUGGACGGUAUUCCGGCAUGAAGUUUCGGGAGAUACAGCUUUGCACGUAUCAGCGCGGGAAGGAAAUUUGGAAAUUGUUCAAUUUUUGUGCAAUGGCUUUUUGAAACCAGAAUUUAAGACAGAUGUCGCUAAUAAAGACAUGAAGCGGCCAUUGCAUGAAGCCGCGCAGUUUGCAAGACCAAAAAUUAUUGAGUUUUUACUUUCUCAAGGAGCGACAGUAGAUGCAUUAAAACGCGCUGAUUGGACGCCUCUGAUGUUAGGUUGUGCCAAAAAUACUCCAGAAGCUUUUAAUUCUGCGGAAAUUUUGAUAAAAAAUGGUGCUAAUUUGGAACUGCGGAACAAAGAUGGCUGGAAUUGUUUGCACAUAGCUUGUCGCUCGGGUAACAUCGAUAUCAUCCAGUUAAUAUUGUCUAAAAUUAAGCCUUUGGUCGAUUCUUGUAGUAAAAAUGGACGGACUGCUUUGCAUAUUGCUGCAUUUCACGGAUUUUCUGAAGCUGUAGAGAUAUUAGCAGCAACUUCAAAAGACUUGCUAAACAAACCAGACUAUUCUGGGCUUUUACCGCUUCAUGAAUCUGUAAAAAAUAAAAAUUUUGAAGUUUUCAAUCGUUUACUCCAAUUAGGCUGCGAUAUUAACUCAAAAGACUCAAUCGGCCAAACUGCGCUUCACAUCGCAGCUUCUAUUGGAAAUAUACCCGUUAUCGAGCACAUAUUGCAAAACAAUCUCAUAGACAUAGACCGACAAGAUGGCUUCCAAACAACGCCACUAACGGCGGCCGAGCGCAACAAAAUGGAAGACGCUGUAAACUGUUUAAAAAAAUACAUGAAACAAUGUAAUGAUUAG